AUGGCGAGCAACACGACAGGCAAUGGCUUCAUUGCCUGGAAUCCCGACUUGGAGGACCACAGUAAGGGAAAGCCCGUCAUGGUGAUGGCUAUACUGUUCACCGUCCUGAUCAUCAUAUCUACGGUAUCGAGGCUGCUUAUGAAACUCAAAAAAAACGGCGGACUGGCGAUAGCAGACUAUUUUAUUUUUAUUGCCCUCGUAUUCAAUAUCACUGCCAACAUUCUCGAGAUUCAAUCGGUGAAGCUAGGAUUCGGUCGCCAUCUGCAGUUCCUAGAGCGCCCGCAGGUCCUCGAUCUCAAGCGCCUCAGCCAGUACAACAUCCUCUUUGCCAACAUUUCGCUGUGGGCUGUCAAGAUUUCCAUUUGUUUCUUCAUCCUCCUCUUCAUCAAAAACAUUCACGACCGCACAAGGUACAUCAUCUACACCCUCAUUGGUAUCACGACCACGGCCAGCUUUUUGCAGGGCGUCCUCUGGGGCACCCAGGCCCGACCCCUCCAAAAGCUGUGGAAUCCCGACAUUCCUGGCGAUGUCUCGAGCGUCAAGACACUGGUCAACUCAAUUAUUGCCUUUACAGCCAUCAACAGUUUGACCGACCUGUUUUACGCGCUCUGGCCCGUCUAUUUAAUCGGAGGACUGCAGCUGAGCCUCAAGAAAAGACUCAUUGUUAUGGCAUUGACUGGUUCUGGACUCAUAGUUUUUGCGUCCUCCAUAGUCCGCGCCGCCUUUGACAACGACUUUUACAACCCAGACUUCACCUGGGCCCUCGACAAGGUGUACCUGUGCACCAUCAUCGAGCGCAACCUUGCCGAGGUCAUUGCUGACCUGCCUGCGUCCUACGCCAUCAUCCGCGGCGUGUCCAAGAAGACCAAGACGCUCAUAUCCCGGACCACCCGCCGCACCGGCCAGGACAGCAAGGCCUACGAUGCCCCCAGGCCGCACAGCAGCAACAUCGUCAAGGUCUCAGUGCCGCGGAACGUUUAUCGUAAGAGCAGCAAGGACGAAUACCAGUACUAUGAUGAUGAGGUACCUCUGCAAACGUAUUCGCCUCCAAUAAAUGUUAUCACCAUGCGCACCAGCAUCGACGUCGCGGCCCACGCCGCAGACUAGAGCAACCGACUCGAGAGCCAGCGUGACAUUUCUAUGCGCCUGGGAACAUGAUCACAGGAAUGUGUGAUCUGGGAUAAUGCUACGAUGUAGGAAAGGAGACUCUUGCAUGGGUUUUUGUUG